AUGUCGCUAAGUCUAAAGAAGAAAUGGAUGGGGAUUCCGUCAGUUGGUGGAUCACGAAACCCCUUACGCCUACACGUAAUGAUAUCAGUGGUCUGCGUCUUCUCGUGUGCAUCAGAUCGCAUGUUGGUUAUUCAAUGCGGUAUUUAUGGAAUGGACGGAAUUGUUGUCGAUGAACAUGUUGGUUCCGAAGUAAGAUUCACUGCUAUGUUUUUUGAAGUGAUCGGUUGGUUCUCGUCACGCCACUUAGUCGUUGAGAUAUUAAUCAAUAACGGAAGCACAGUACGCGAUGUCAUGUUGCAUUAG